AUGGCAAAAUUCAUCGUAGGAAAGAGCAGACACCUUGAGAAUCCAGAAAUCUACGAGGGAAUGCGUGUUGGAGUUGAUCGAAUGAACUACGCCCUGACUCUGCCACUUCCUCGUAAAAUUGAUUCAUCUGUCACACUGAUGCAGGUUGAAGAGAAGCCAGAAGUCACCUACGAUGACAUUGGUGGAUGCAAGGAGGAGAUUGAGAAGGUGAGAGAGGUUGUUGAAGACCCGUUGCUGAAUCCAGACAAAUUCAUUGAUUUGGGAAUUGAUCCACCAAAGGGUAUUUUGCUCUAUGGGCCACCAGGAACAGGAAAAACACUUUUGGCCAGAGCAGUCGCAAACAGGACAGAUGCGUGUUUUAUACGCGUCAUUGGCUCUGAACUGAUUCAGAAAUACGUCGGAGAAGGUGCCAGGAUGGUUCGUGAGAUAUUCAAGUUGGCUAGGUCAAAGAAGGCCUGCAUAAUAUUCUUUGAUGAAGUUGAUUCAUUUGGAUCAACUCGAUUUGGAGACUCAGACAACAACGAGGUGCAGAGGACUCUGCUGGAACUGAUCAACCAACUUGAUGGAUUUGAUUCAAGGGGAAAUGUGAAGGUGAUCAUGGCCACAAACAGACCAGACAUUUUGGAUCCAGCACUUCUCAGGCCUGGACGCCUUGAUCGAAAAAUUGAAUUCAAAGUCCCUGAUUUAGAAGGAAGAACGAAGAUACUAAAGAUCAAUGCUAAGACAAUGAGUGUGGAUAAGAAUAUCAGAUACAGUCUGAUAUCAAGGAUGUGUAAUGGAGCAACUGGUGCUGAGUUGAGAUCAGUUUGUAUUGAAGCAGGAAUGUUUGCAAUCAGGGAAAGAAGGAAAGUUGCAACUGAACAGGAUUUCUUCAAGGCAGUGGAAAAAGUCAUCAAAGAGGGAGGCAAGUUCUCAGCAACACCAAGAUAUCUGACCUAUAACUGA